AGACGGAUUCAGAGCUUGAGAGAGCGCGGAAGAGAGAGGAGUCACAGUCAGCGAGAGAGGAAUCGAAUAAAAGAGAAAAGGCAGACGGAGUGAAGGAGAUUACACGAGGCAGACACACACAGAGCGAGAGAGAAGGAGAGAGAGACACACAGAGAGAGAGAAAGAAAGAGAAGCCAACACUCAGACCGAGAAAGUAAGAGCGCCUUGUUGUUGUUGUGUUGUGUGCAGCGUCGCACUGGUCUUCCUCGGUUAUCUGUCUCCAUCUGGCUGCCAUCUGUGUCUCUGGCUCUGGCCUAAGCCACACUGCAGCUCACAUAUGUGGGAAUGCAAACACAUGCCUGACAUAUGAAGGUGUGGAGUCACAGAGAGAGAGAGACACACAGAGAGAGAGACACACAGAGAGAGAGACACAGAGAGAGAGAGAAAGGAAAGGAUAAGAAAGCAGAGCCUCGCCACUGCAGCUGACUUUCUCCACGGACUCUACUAGAGAGGAGACAGUAGAGAGAAGAAGAGCCCUGCCAUGCCCGGUUCUCCUGUGGAUGCUAAGACUCAUUCCAGAUCAGCCCCCAGCAGCAGCAGCACCAGCUCCACGAUGCCACCCCUGCCUUCCGUCAACCCCAGCGGCCCUCGCCCCGCCUCUUUUUCCACCACAGCAUUGACGAAUGGGAAUCAUCAUUCCCCACCCACCUUGAACGCAGUGCCGUCUCCACCACAGCGCUACAGCAAUGGACCUUCCUCUUCCUCGUCCUCAUCGCUAGCAAACCAGCAGCUGCCGGCCACCUGUGGAGCUCGCCAGCUGAGCAAACUGAAGCGUUUCCUGACCACGCUGCAGCAGUUUGGCAAUGACAUUUCUCCUGAGAUUGGAGACAGUGUUCGAAGCCUUGUCCUGGCCCUCGUGAAUUCAACAGUUACCAUUGAGGAGUUUCACUCACGGCUUCAGGAGGCGACCAACUUCCCCUUACGCCCUUUUGUUAUUCCCUUUCUCAAGGCAAACCUACCUCUGCUGCAGAGGGAGUUGCUCCACUGUGCACGGGCAGCCAAGCAAACUCCAGCCCAGUACCUGUCCCAGCACGAGCACCUCCUCCUGAGCACCACACUGGCUUCCUCUCCAGACUCUUCGGAGCUGCUGAUGGAGCCUUCUGACGCUGGGACCAAGAGACACAGCCCGAACAGAGCUAAAGAGAACGGUUUCCACGAACGCCCACCUGCAGCCAUGGAGCCUGCUGCCAAACGCAUCUGCACCAUCAGCCCCGCGCCGCGACACAGCCCCGCCCACCCGCUGCCGCUCAACACCCAGCUUCACCCAACUCCUCCACCCUUGCAGCACUAUGCCCUGGACGACAUCGCAACGCCACACAUCCUGCACCGAGAGCACAGCCAACGCAUGCUGGAGAUCCGCGAGCUCAAAGACAGACCCAGACUUCCUGGAACUAAUGGGGGUUACCGUGAGGAGCCGGUGGACCACAGGCUGACAGACAGAGAGUGGGCUGAUGAAUGGAGGCAUCUGGACCACGUGUUGAACUGCAUUGUGGACAUGGUGGAAAAGACCCGGAGGUCAGUGAGCGUGCUCAGACGGUGCCAGGAGUCCGAUCGCGAGGAGCUCAACUACUGGCGACGGCGCUCAAGCGAGCAGGAGGACCCACGCAAAGGAGGUUCGGGCUCCACCCCCUUCUCCAAGACACACAGCCCCCACUCCGCAGAGUCAGACUCCAAGCGCGACUUUGCUUCGCGGCCAGGCUCGGCAUAUGUUCCAGAUGAGAUCUGGAGGAAAGCUGAAGAAGCGGUGAACGAAGUGAAGCGUCAGGCCAUGGAUGAGGUGCAGAAAGCGGUGGCGGAGGCCGAGCAGAAGGCUUUCGAGAUGAUCGCCACCGAGAGGGCUAAGAUGGAAAAGACUCUGGCUGAUGCAAAGAGGAAGGCUCAAGAAGACGCCAUCCUGGUCGUCAACGAACAGGAGGAUUCCAGUGAGUGCUGCUGGAACUGCGGGCGCAAAGCCAGCGAGACGUGCAGCGGUUGUAACGCGGCUCGCUACUGUGGCUCGUUCUGUCAGCACAAAGACUGGGAGAGGCAUCACCUUAUCUGCAGCCCAGGACUGCAAGCUCAACCCAAACCAUUGUCUGCCAUCACUGCGAGCAGGGCGGCUGCAGUGGCCUCCGCAGCAGCAGCAGCAGCAGCGGCAGCAGCCGGCGUGUCUCCUGUCGGUCUGGCCGGGGUCAAGGCCCCCGACAUUGUGCCUUCAGUGUCCAGUCCUGGCGGAGAGAAGGCCUCGGUCGUGUCCCGCUCUUCCACCCCCUCCACCCCUGCCUCGGCCUCUGAGGCCAACGGACACUAGGCAGUGAAAAGAUGUCACUCAGUGGUUCACUUGUCACCAAUCCCGUCCCUUAACUUGGGGGAAAAAAACUGAAUCGGCACAAUGCGGGAAAUGUACGUGGGUUUGUCCGAAUAACAGAUUUCUCAUCAUAUUCUUUGGCAGUUAAAAACAAAAGGACAGAUUAUGGAGGGACUGUUUUGAGUGAUAUGUCAACUGGGACGUUGACUUUGGCAAAGAACAGAAAAGACAUCCAUUGGAAAACAGAUCUACCUAACAGAUGGAAACGUGUUUGUCUCAAAGUCCAAAAACCACCAAAUCUUGCAUCUGCUACGAGGAGUGAAAGAAGAAGAAAAAAAAACUGUUGAACUUUUAUCUUCGGCCACGGAGAAGAAGUUAUGAGACGAAGGAAUGAUGAUGGAGAUUAUAAAAAAAACAGCGAAUGCCUCCCCUUGACUUCACUUUGUAUAAAUUUAAUAUGGGGGGGGGGGGGGGGGGGGGU